AUGGCUCGCCAACUUUCUCUGGCAGCGGCCCUUCUCGCAACUCGGGUGGCUGCCCAUGGCUACAUCAAUACCUUCACCCUAGACGGUGUCGACUACGAGGGCUUCAGCCGCUGGAACCCUUCUCCCGACCCGAACGCCAUCAGCUGGAGCUUCAGCACACCGGAUGAGGGCCCUGAGCUGGAGAUUACCUCGCCCGACUUCAUCUGCCGUCGCGAUGCUGAGCCUUCCAGCAACUACGGCACCAUCGCAGCUGGCGGCACCGCCGCGAUGUUCUGGACCUCUGACGACAAGGUCAUCAACCCCAACGGGUGGGCGGAAUCGCACCGCGGACCGGUCAUGACCUACAUUGCGCCCUGCAACGGCGACUGCGCCAGCGUUGACAAGACCUCCUUGCGCUGGACUAAGAUCGCCGAGUCCGGCCUGGUCUCGGGACCGUCCAACACCCAGGGCAUCUGGGCGACGGACGUGCUGCGCGAGAACGGAGGCAUCAACGAGGCCACCAUCCCGAGCUCGAUCGCGCCGGGCAAGUACGUGAUCCGCAACGAGAUCAUCGCGCUCCACCGGGCCCAUAUCAACGAACCCGAGUUCUACAUGCAGUGCGGCAACAUCGAAGUCACGGGAGACGGCACCGAUGACCUGUCUGGCUCUGGGGUUCCGGCGUCUGAGCUUUACAGCACGAGCGACUCCCAGUUGUUCGGCUUCUCGGUUCACGACAGCAAUGACAGCGAAUGGCCGAUUCCCGGGCCGCCGCUUUACCAGGGCCAGAGCGCGCAACAGUCGGACGAGUCGGAACAGUCGGACCCGUCCCCGUCCCCGUCCCCGUCCCCGCGGCCCCAAAUUGGCGGUAGAUUGUGCCGAGGUCGUUAA